GACAGAAAGUGACGUAAAGUGGUUCUUUAGAGACUAGGGGACUCGCGAGCGCGAGUCCGAGUCCGCAGCCGGAGGGUUCGGGCCCCGGUACCAACUACAGACCCAGUUAGGUAGCUUAGCGUUAGCUCGGCGUUAGCUCAGGCUAGCAUUACAGUGCAGGAGAGUUAGCAUGUGUGUCAGAGUCCAUAAAGUGAAGAACCGAUCACUCUGCUAAUCAAUAACCUCAGAUCACAGUGACGUAGGUCAGACUAUUCAUCAGAAAACUGAUCGAUCAACACAAACUCGUUACGUCAUCAGUUCUCUCUGAAGUUAUUAAUCAAUGAAAAGCAAAGUAUCAGCUGGUCGAUCAGAAGGCUUCCUCCUGUGGUGAUCAAUAAACGGGUGUAAAGUAGGACAGGAAUGGGUUUAUUGAUCAUCUCUGAGCAUUACGUCAUCAGCAGCACAGUUUGUUGUUAAGGUGUUCAGGUCUUUGUGACGGACAGCUGAUCCAUCGCAGCAGCCCAGUGAAGGUGGAGAGGAUCGUGGACAAGAGGAAGAAUAAGAAGGGGAAGGUGGAGUACCUGGUCAGGUGGCGAGGCUACAGCUCAGAGGGGGACACGUGGGAGCCUGAGAGUCACCUGUCCACCUGCAUGAUCUACGUCCACGACUUCAACCGUCAGUUCUCUGAGCGACAGAGAGACACCACCUUACUGCGCUCCACCCGCAGCUCGCCCAGCCACCACUGCAGCCCCGCCCACAGACCGCCCUGCAGGCCUCCGCCCGCCGGCGCUCGCAGUGACAUCAGCAGCGGAGGUUUAACCGGAGACUCUGAUCAGCUGAGACCUGCUCUCGGCCCGGCUCACCUGCCCCCAGCCGGACUGACCCGCCCCGCCUACGUCAGCCCCCAGCAGCCCCUGCCGGCCGGCAGGUUCAGCAGCGGUCAGAUGUCGGGGUCCCUGGCCGGCUCGGCACGCCGCAGCGUGGACCUGUCCAAGACCGGCAUCAAGAUCCUGGUUCCUAAGAGUCCGAUGAACAGCCGUCUGGACUCGGAGGAGUCUCCCAGUGAGGCGGCUCACAGCCUGGAGGCCGGAGCUCAGGAGGCCCACCUGGUCCCACCUGAGGUCGCCCUGCUGGAGAAACCUGCAGGAGUCCAGCUGGGACCCGGAGAGGAGAGGGCCCGCAUGGGGACCAGACCCCGCUGCCAAAACCCCCUGCCCCCGCCCCGGCUGCCCGUCACACCUGCUGCCAUGCGCUUCCUUGGCGGAACAGGUAACUCUGCGUUGAGGGAGGGUGUCGCUGCCAACGGGAUGUCAGGUGUGCAGAGUGCUGUUGCCGGGGCGACCAGUGUGACGGGGAAACGGCGUCUGGAGGAACGUUCUGCUUUCGACAAACGUCUGAGGUUCAGCGUUCGACAGACGGAGAGCGCUUACCGUUACCGCGACAUCGUGGUGAAGAAACAAGACGGCUUCACCCACAUCCUGCUGUCCACCAAGAGCUCAGAGAACAACACGCUCAACCCCGAGGUGAUGAAGGAGAUCCAGAGCGCCAUGGCGACAGCAGCAUCAGAUGACAGUAAGCUGGUGUUACUUGGCGCCGUCGGCAGCGUCUUCUGCUGCGGUCUCGACUUCCUGUAUUUCAUCAGACGCCUGACGGACGACAGGAAGAAAGAGAGCAUCAAGAUGGCCGAAACCAUCAGGACCUUCGUCAACACCUUCAUCCAGUUCAGGAAGCCGAUCGUGGCGGCGGUGAAUGGGCCGGCGCUCGGCCUCGGCGCCGCCAUCCUGCCGCUCUGUGAUGUGGUGUGGGCCAAUGAGAAGGCCUGGUUCCAGACGCCUUACACGUCUUACGGCCAGACGCCAGACGCCUGCUCUUCCUUCACCUUCCCCCGCAUCAUGGGCCUCGCCUCGGCUAACGAGCUGCUGCUGAGCUGCAGGAAGUUGACGGCGCAGGAGGCGUGUUCUAAAGGUUUGGUGUCUCAGGUUCUCUGGCCGGGAACCUUCACACAGGAAGUGAUGCUGCGAAUCAAAGAGCUGGUGAUGGUCGACUCAGUGGUUCUGCGGGAGUCCAAGGCCCUGAUGAGGAACACUAGCCGCGGCGCUCUGGAGCAAGCUAACGAGCGCGAGUGUGAAGCCCUGAAGAGAGUCUGGGGCUCAUCGCAGGGAACCGACUCCAUCCUGCAGUACCUGCAGAGGAGAACAGAGCUCAGCUAGAACCUGGACCGGGACCUGAAGCAGGACCAGGAGCAGGACUGGUCCCCUGACUCAGCAGAUUCUGAGCUGGACAGGAAACACUGAACGUUUCUUCCUUUUGUUGUAAACAUUUAAGUUAUACUCUGAGCAGAACAGUCCUGGGGUUCUCGGUGUGGGGUUCCUCAGGCCCCCCCAGGGUCCUCCGUUGUUCCUGUGGGUGAUGGCUUCAGGGAACACGGAACUAAUGAAUUUAGAAAUGACGAAGGUUUAUGUUUUCAUGACUGUUGUACCUGCCAGACCAAACUGAGGGCAUCAACACCUGUGAGGAUUUAAAAGAACCUGAAAGACCGUGUGAGGGUUUAAACAGCUCAUUAAAUCAAACUGAACCUUUACUGUGUUUCUAUGGUAACUUCUCUUAAAACGGCACAUUUCCAGAUGGACUUCUGCAGAAUGAUCUGUGCUAAGCUAGGCUAGCAGUGUCCCUCUGCUUUCAGUCUUGGUGCUAAGCUAGGCUAGCCGUGUCCCUCUGCUUUCAGUCUUGGUGCUAAGCUAGGCUAGCCGUGUCCCUCUGCUUUCAGUCUUGGUGCUAAGCUAGGCUAGCAGUGUCCCUCUGCUUUCAGUCUUGGUGCUAAGCUAGGCUAGCAGUGUCCCUCUGCUUUCAGUCUUGGUGCUAAGCUAGGCUAGCCGUGUCCCUCUGCUUUCAGUCUUUGUGCUAAGCUAGGCUGACAGUGUCCCUCUGCUUUCCGUCUUGGUGCUAAGCUAGGCUAGCCGUGUCCCUCUGCUUUCCGUCUUGGUGCUAAGCUACUCCUUUAAAUCGAGACGACCUCUGACCUUCUCCCAGAAUUCCCUCUGAUGAAUGUGUGCAUGGAAGAAUAAACAGGAAGUGGAGGCUGAGCAGAAACAGGAAAUUAACUGUUUUUUGUAAACAGAGAUCAGGCGGAAGCCGUGAUGUUUGCCGCCAUCAGGACUAAGGUCAGCCUGCAGGGGGCGCUGGCAGGACUCUGAAGUCACUAAGAACAUUUGUAUGAUCGUGCAGCAGUUUGACUGGGACGAAUUAUGGGUAUCUAUUGACACCUGAGAGGUGAGACAGCGGCGCUGCUGUGUGUGGGCGGUGGCCUGUCAGUCCUGACCCGGGUCCAGGUGAGCAGACUGGACUGUGAUCCAGAGUCCUGAACCUGAGCUUAUGUCACAUGUGAAAUUAAACUUUAACCACGUUUCAGUAA